CACAGGCGUCACUCUUUUGCCCGCGCAGGCGCAGAGCGGGGUGUAUGCUGUGAGGAGGAGGAGGAGGCGGCGAUGGCGCUGAACAAGAACCACUCGGAGGGCGGCGGUGUCAUCGUUAACAACAGCGAGAAUGUUCUGAUGACCUAUGACCAUGUAGAAAUUACCUUCAGUGAUAUGGAACCCAUGCCAGAGGCCUUCAAAGGGACCAAGAAAGGGAGUGUUUUCCUGACUCCCUACCGGGUUAUCUUUGUGUCCAAGGGGAAGGAUGCAAUGCAGUCUUUCGUGAUGCCCUUUUAUUUGUUGAAGGAUUGUGAGAUUAAACAGCCGGUGUUUGGAGCAAAUUAUAUCAAGGGCACAGUGAAAGCAGAGGCAGGAGGUGGCUGGGAAGGAUCUGCCACGUUCAAGAUGACCUUUUCAGCCGGGGGUGCGAUCGAGUUCGGGCAGACGAUGCUGCACGUGGCCUCACAAGUCUCCAGAGGUGAGAUACCCAGUGGAGCUUAUGGCUAUUCCUACAUGCCAAAUGGAUCCUAUGCUUUUGCACCUCCUGCAGCCAACGGGGCUUAUCCAUACCCGCCACCUCCUCCUGACUUUUAUCCUGGUCCUCCUGUGGCUGAUGGAGACAGGGGCUACAUGCAGCUUCCACCCCCACCAUAUCCAGGGCCCAUGGAACCCCCUGUCAGUGGUCCAGACCUGCCCUCCACUCCUGCAGCUGAAGCAAAGGCUGCUGAAGCUGCUGCCAGUGCUUACUACAGCCCAGGCAACCCACACAAUGUCUACAUGCCCACGGACCAGCCCCCGCCUCCUCCGUACUUCCCACCAGAGGACAAGAAGAACCAAUAAGCUGACACAGAACUUCUCCACAACUCGAUGCUUUCUUUUUUUUCCAUUUUGGCAGAAUUCUGGGGCAGGGUCCAUAGCACUGAGGAGUAGAGCCUUCCCCCAAGGCACAUGGCUUUCAGGGGCUCUGGUAGUGGGUGUGUGCAGAGCAAGGGGAGGGAUUUCAGCAGCCUUGGGUCACCUCUGGAGCUCUGGGGGUUUGCUGUCCUGCAGCAUUCCCUCCUUCCUCGCUACAACUGGAGGUUCUCUUCAUCUGUGAUUGCUUCCCUCAGCUCUGUUUCCUUUGAUACUUAAAUUGUACCUCUUCAGAGUAAGCAGCUGCUCCAAACUGCUGAUUAACAUGCCCAUAACAUGGAAACAAGGUUCCUGGGGGUUUGGAGGUAUCUUGAUUUUACCUUAGUGUGUAAUCCAAGAGCACCUCUGGACACAGGGGUGUCUCUGGUUAUUCCUCUCAACCCAGAGUGUCACAUCCAACUCUUCCCUCUGCUGCCAAGAAAGGGCUUCAAAGGGAACCUUUGGCAUCUCAAAGGAGAUAGACA